UCUGAUUUGAAAUUUUCGUUUGGGAAGACUGUUAGAUAGCCGGUACAAAGUACUCCAAAACAUUUAAGAUAGUAAUGGCACCGAUUGGCCAUGAAUUGGAUAGACCUGUACUAUAUAUGCCGUGAAUUGCAUGGACCUGAUACAAUAUAUGCAUUAUUCUUUCCGGUGAAGAUGCAUUGUAUGAAGAAACUGUCGGAUGAAUAUGGAGUAUUUGAAACUUCCCAGCAGCUCAAAUGGGGAUAUUUUGCAUCAAAGUGGAAUAGGAGAAGGAGAAGAGAUAAAUGAUGAUUAUAAUGGAGGAGAUAAUGAUAGGCAAAACGUAGAGGCAGAUGGAGAUGGUGGUGCAGCUUUUGUUUUGGUCUCCAAAGGAACAUGGUGGCAUGCGGGGUUUCAUUUGACAACUGCCAUUGUAGGGCCUUCUAUUCUUACUCUGCCAUAUGCCUUCUCUUGCAUGGGAUGGACGUUGGGACUCGUCUCCCUCUCUGUAGCAGCGGCUGUCAGCUUCUACUCUUAUAACCUGAUGUCCAAAGUACUCGACAAUUGUGAGAAGAAUGGCCGUCGUCACAUCCGAUUUCGUGAACUAGCAAGUGAUAUCCUUGGUUCUGGAUGGAUGUUUUAUUUGGUUGUGUCAGUUCAAACGACAAUCAACAUGGGCGUGUCCAUUGGGAGCAUUCUUCUAGGUGCCGAGUGUUUGCAGGUGAUGUACUCAGAUUUGGAUCCUGAUGGAAAUCUAAACUUGCAUCAUUUCAUAAUCAUGGUGGCCGUGGUUAUGAUCUUGUUGUCUCAAUUACCUUCAUUCCAUUCUCUAAGAUAUAUCAACUCUGCAUCUCUGUUUCUAAGCUUGGGGUACAGCUUUUGCGUCGUGAUUGCAUGUAUCAUUGCAGGCUAUUCAAGUGAAGCUCAGUCAAAAGAUUAUUCCCCUACUGGGUCAAAAAUCAUCCGUAUUUUCAGUGGAUUCAAAGCUGUGUCCAUGAUGGGGACCGCAUUUGGCAAUGGUAUUCUCCCUGAAAUACAGGCAACACUUGCCCCUCCACUUACAGGGAAGAUGCUUAAAGGGCUAUGCAUGUGCUAUGGAGUAAUAAUGGCAACAUAUUACAGUGUUGCAGUAUCAGGCUACUGGGCAUUUGGCAAUAAUGUCCGUGAUAACAUAUUGGAAAAUCUUAUGCCAGAUGAUGAGGGUAUAGCUCUAGUACCUGUUUGGUUGCUUUCUAUGGCUGUGAUUUUUAUACUCUUACAGCUUUUCGCUGUAACACUGGUGUACUGUCAAGUGGCCUAUGAAAUCUUAGAGAAGAACUCAGCAGAUGUGAGUAUGGGCGUCUUCUCACUGCGAAAUCUACUUCCUAGGCUAUUUCUGAGAUCUAUGUACAUCAUAAUAUGUGCAUUUAUUGCAGCCAUGCUACCUUUCUUUGGAGACAUCAAUGCAUUGGUGGGGGCUAUGGGGUUUAUUCCAUUGGAUUUCAUCCUUCCAAUGCUGCUUUAUAAUAUAAGUUUCAGGCCAGAUCGUGCUUCUAUGAUUUUUGUAGUCAACAGCUUAAUCAUGAUUAUUUUCACAGGUGUAGGAAUCAUGGGUACUAUUUCCUCAGUUCGGCAAAUAGUUGUCGAUGCAAAACUAUUCAAGCUGUUUAGCACCACUGUAAUUAGCUAAUUGUUUCUCUUUUCUGCUACUUAAGUUCCAAGAAAUUGUUUAAUAGUGAUAAUCCUCCUCUAAUUCUUGAUGGAAAAUAAGGUGUACUGUCAAGUGACCUACGAAAACUUAGUAAAGAAAUUAGUAGAUGUGAGGAUGGGUGUGAUUUCACUGCAAAACCUCCUUCCUAGGUUAGUUCUGAGGUCUUUGUACAUAAUAAUCUGUGCAUUUUUUGCAGCCAUUCUACCUUUCUUUGGAGACAUCAAUACAUUCGUGGGGGCUAUUGGGCUUAUUCCAUUGGAUUCCAUCCUUCCAGUGUUGCUUUAUAAUAUAAGUUUCAGGCGGGCUUGCACUUCUAUGA